GUAAUUAACCGAGGUAAACCGAGGGACUAGUUUAGAACUCUUCAAGAAAAGAAGACGUGUAGAGUAGGGGACAGGUUAAAAUGAGGUACAGAUUCUGACUGGAAAAUGAUUUGUAGACGGGCAUUAUACGUAAUUGGACAAGGUAAAUUUUUGUUCACUCAACCAACACUUCAAAGAUUUUCAACAUCGGGUCGUGUGGCCAACUCCUUUGACGAAAGCAUUCUCAAAAUCCUGGUGUGUCCGGUCUCCAGAAAACCUUUAAGAUAUGACAGAGAGAAAAAUGAGUUGAUAUGUGACGGGAGUGGAAUCGCCUACCCAAUCGUCGGUGGAAUACCCAAUCUUGUACCACAAGAUGCCAGGAUCAUCAAAGAUGAACUAAAAGACAAUGUAAAAUCCCCCAAAACACAAAACUAAUGCAGUUUAGUAAAAUACGGACUUAAUGGACGGUUUCCUGCAUUCUUAAACAAUGUACGGUUUCUUACAAAUAUUAAAUAUAUUCAUUGUGGAGACUUAAAAUGUCAAUAAAAAGGAUUAAUUUCAUAUA